GGGAUUGCAGUUCAGCACAGUCGGAGGGGGAUACGAUUUCGGUUUUACAGGCACAUGAACUCCAGGAUUCUUCCCCAUGUCUGGUCCCAGUAGGUUCAUAACAGUUUGAAAGCCCCUGGCAUAAUGACUAAAACAAUAAAGCAGAGUCUGGGCCCAGGUGGAGAAUACGCAGGAAAGGAAGAACAGAAGCACAUAUUUUGCUUUUGUCUUUGUCAGGGGAGUUUUAUUGCUCCCAUUCCAGUUUAUUUUAGGGAAAACCAAACACCCCGUCACACAGAGGACACUAAGCUCUCCAGCCGCUCAUGUAUAAAGAUUAUUAUAACAAUGGAGCCCGUCUCUGCUCUGCUUUUUCUUUUUAAUCCCCCCCUCCCUUUCCUUUUUGACUUGCCAAGAGCAAAGUGCCCAGCGAAUCUGAUGCCGUUUUAAAUUUACAGCAGGAGCAGCUCCGAAUGUGUUAGUCAACUGUGAGAGCUCUCCCACUGGGGCUGCUCCUUUCUGAUGGAAAAGGAGCAGCUGGGAAGAUGCUGUUUCAGGCUCUCGCUGUGGGACACACACACAAGGGGGAAAAAAAAAAUUAAAAAAAAAAAAAGGAACUUCCACCGGAGAGGGGGGACGACAUCAUGUGACUGCAGCCACCCUACCCUAUGUGACAGUAUGUAGAUUGCUCUUGUCCAAUCAUUCAUGGAAUGCUGCUUGUCACUCGGGCUAUUUCUGCUAUCUGUUGCUAUCAGCACCGCACUUCCAACACUUUAGCAGAUGGGACACUUUUCCUUGGAGUUCGACUUUUUGAAUUUUAACUUCUGGCAACGUCUGCCCUGUUGUUCUCGCUCUCUCUCUGAUUGUUUUUUGUUCCCCCCUCUAUCCUCCGUGUGUUGUUCCAAAUCAUGGCCCACCGGCUACGGUUUCAUUUUGGCUCUGGGCGAAGCAACACGGCUCCCGAGUCGGAUGUCCUAGAGCAGGAGAAGGAGGAUGACUUCUUCAUGGCAUUCCACACGCUACCGAGGAGAAACGGCUCUCUCCAUUUCUCGAGGCACGGAUCGGAUUGUGGGGAGAGCGAGCUUCCUGAAGAAGGGGCACUAAAAAGAAGCACCUCCAUGUUCAUCCCGCAGCUGCUGAACAACAUCGACAUACGUCCGACAAGAAGUUCGUCCGUCCAGAUCUCACUGCAGCGCAAUUCGGUCGAUGGGCACGUUGAUGAGUUUGAGGCGUCGGAGUUUCCAGACGAGGUACUUCCCUGUGAAUUUGGGGACUUUAACGAGCAUUACGUUUCGGCUGUGAGAAAAAAUUCCUCUUCUGCGAGUAGUCCUCUAGAUACUCCCGGAAAUUCUCCUCCGCAGAGACGGGAUACAGCCAGGCAACCUAUCAAUGGAGCUGCCCCUUUCCUACCUCGGCUUUCAGUACGUCCCAUGGUGGAACAGAAUGGCCAUAUUAACUGUGCCACGGAAAUGCAAGAAGAAGUGAGCAUAACAACAAGUGGCCAAAACUCAAGUGGGAUAAGGAUAAACCAUCAGCCUUUAAGUCCGGAUAUACGACAGGUUAGACUGUUGUCCCCAUGUCAGGAAAAUCAGAACGGGUCUAAUACUGAACCCAGGCGCUGGUCUCUACAGCAUCUUCCGGACACCUCAGGGAGUCCUGGGAAAAGAUGCUUUGUGUUCCAACUGCAGCAGUCUCAGACCGGGAGCACUAAUCUGGGGGGAGAGUAUAACUUUGGCUUUACCGGAACGAAAGGCGACAGGUUGGUCCGAUAUCCUCGUAUCAGACUGGAAAGAAGUACUUCAUACCCACUACAGCCCCGGCCUGAAAGCAUCAGCCCAGUGGAAAAUGGAUUAAGCUCCGAGUCUGGGAAUUGCAAGAAAGAUUACGCUGAGAUUCUGCCGAACGACUCCAGGGAGAGAACCUCACAGGGGCAAGGGUGCACCUUCAAAAUCAGACAAGAGCCGAAUGUCCGGCAGCCACAUUUUAGGAUCCGUGUUACUCGUGGCAACGAGGAUCAAAGUAAAGAGGAAGGGCAAGAGGCUCCUAGAAAUUCUGCUUUGGGAAAGGCCAUGACAAGAGAUGAUUUCUUGGGCCAAGUUGAUGUUCCGCUGAACCACUUACCGACAGAAGAUCCAACAAUGGAAAGACCAUACACAUUCAAAGACUUCUUACUCAGACCAAGAAGCCACAAAUCCCGGGUUAAGGGUUUCUUGAGACUGAAGAUGGCCUAUUUGCCAAAGAACGGAAUGCAGGAAGAAGAGAAUAAUGAGCACAGAGAAGAAUCAGAGCAGGCCUGGGAUGUUGUGGACUCCAACGAUUCAAGCUCUCCACAUCAGCAAGAGCUCCCCGCUCCACCCAUGCCACCGGGAUGGGAAGAAAAAGUGGACAAUCUCGGGCGCACGUAUUACGUCAACCAUAAUAACAAAACCACUCAGUGGCAAAGGCCAAGUCUCGUAGAUGUUACAUCCGAAUCGGACAACAACAUUCGGCACAUACAGCAAGAGGCCCACCGGGUGUUCCGCUCUCGGAGACAUAUCAGUGAAGACCUAGAACCUGACCAUUUAGAAGGAGCGGGGGAUGUUCCAGAGCCAUGGGAAACUAUUUCCGAGGAAAUGACUUUGACGACAGACACGUUAAACCAAUCUCUCCCGCCUCCUGCAUCGCCGGAUUCUCGGGCCAGCGCUCUGGAACUGUCUGAGGAGCUGAAUAGGAGGCUGCGUAUUACCUCCGAGUCCAAUGGGGAACAGUUUAGUUCUAUGAUUCAAACAGCUUGGGAGAGGCAAAAGCAGAGAGAACCGUCCACGCGAUUGAGGUCUUGCAGUGUGACAGAUGGUGUCGCCGAUCAGGCUCAUUUAUCACUGCCGAGCACCUCAACAGGAAGAGCUCGUUCCUCAACUGUCACAGGUGGUGAGGAUUCUACGCCGACCGUGGCCUAUGUACACACUACUCCGGGUUUGCCAUCGGGAUGGGAGGAGAGGAAAGACGCUAAAGGCCGCACCUAUUAUGUCAAUCAUAACAAUCGCACCACAACAUGGACCAGACCUAUUGUGCAGCACGCCGAGGACGGGGCAGUGGGAUCUACUUCAAACAGUAGUAACCAUCUUAGCGAGCCUCAGAUCAGACGGCCUCGUAGUCUCAGUUCACCCACAGUUACCUUAUCUGCACCACUCGAGGGCGCAAAAGACUUCCCCGUGCGCAGAGCAGUGAAGGACACCUUGUCCAACCCACAGUCUCCACAACCAUCACCCUAUCAUUCUCCAAAACCACAGCACAAAGGGGCCCAGAGCUUCUUACCACCGGGCUGGGAGAUGAGAAUAGCACCCAAUGGCAGACCAUUCUUUAUUGACCAUAACACAAAAACCACCACAUGGGAGGAUCCACGCCUGAAGUUUCCAGUUCACAUGAGAACCAAAGCUUCGUUAAAUCCGAAUGAUUUGGGUCCUCUCCCUCCGGGCUGGGAAGAAAGAAUUCACGCAGACGGACGGACGUUCUAUAUAGAUCACAGAAGCCCAGGGUUGAGGUGUCGAGACACAGGUACCAGCAACUCUGUGCCCCCCUACGACACCAAAAUAACCCAAUGGGAAGACCCGCGACUUCAGAAUCCUGCCAUAACUGGUCCUGCCGUCCCUUACUCCAGAGAAUUUAAGCAGAAAUACGACUACUUCAGAAAGAAGUUGAAGAAACCUGCGGAUAUACCAAACCGAUUUGAAAUGAAGCUUCACAGAAACAACAUUUUCGAAGAAUCGUACAGGAGGAUAAUGUCGGUGAAGCGGCCGGAUGUCCUUAAAGCCAGAUUGUGGAUUGAAUUUGAGUCGGAAAAGGGCCUCGAUUAUGGGGGAGUCGCAAGGGAAUGGUUCUUCCUUCUGUCCAAAGAGAUGUUCAAUCCGUACUACGGGCUGUUUGAAUACUCUGCUACGGACAAUUACACACUUCAAAUAAAUCCUAAUUCGGGUCUUUGCAACGAAGAUCACCUUUCCUACUUCACGUUUAUUGGUCGGAUUGCCGGGCUCGCCGUGUUCCAUGGAAAAUUAUUAGAUGGUUUCUUCAUAAGGCCAUUCUACAAGAUGAUGCUGGGAAAACAAAUAACGCUGAAAGACAUGGAGUCAGUGGACGGCGAAUACUACAAUUCUUUAAAAUGGAUCUUAGAAAAUGACCCAACUGAGCUGGAUCUCAUGUUUUGCAUAGAUGAAGAAAACUUUGGUCAGACUUACCAGGUGGAUCUGAAGCCGAACGGAUCAGAGAUGGUGGUGACUAAUGACAACAAGCGAGAAUACAUUGACCUCGUUAUCCAAUGGAGGUUUGUUAAUCGGGUACAGAAGCAGAUGAACGCCUUUUUAGAAGGUUUUACUGAACUCAUUCCUAUUGAUCUGAUCAAAAUCUUUGAUGAAAAUGAGCUGGAGUUACUAAUGUGUGGGCUCGGUGAUGUUGAUGUGAACGACUGGAGGCAACAUACACUGUAUAAGAACGGCUACUGCCCUAACCACCCGGCCAUACAGUGGUUUUGGAAGGCAGUGUUAUUAAUGGAUGCCGAGAAACGCAUACGCUUGCUGCAGUUUGUAACUGGGACGUCACGUGUGCCUAUGAAUGGAUUUGCUGAACUAUACGGUUCAAAUGGUCCUCAGCUGUUUACAAUCGAGCAGUGGGGAAGUCCAGAGAAACUGCCCAGAGCUCACACAUGCUUUAACCGUCUGGACUUACCUCCGUACGACUCGUUUGAAGAUCUACGGGAGAAGCUCCUCAUGGCCGUGGAGAACGCUCAGGGUUUCGAAGGUGUAGAUUAAGAAGGCCCCGUCUCUCUCUCUCUCUCUCCAGCUUGCACUGGGAACUUGUCACACGGAUAUUACCACUGAUAUAGGAGGGACAAUUGCAAAUACACGGAUACAAAAUCAAUUCCUCCGUGUCCGUUUUGUGUAAGCGACACAUAGAGCCGACCGCAGGACGAGUGGGAACGGCGCUUACCGGCAAAAACGGCACCAUUUUCCUUUGUGAAUUGCUCCAGACAGACAGACAAUGGCUCAGACUGUGCCAAUAUGGAAGCCUUUCUCCGGUGUCUUUGCCAAACGGCCCCUGAUAUGGGUUCUGCAGCGCAGGUGCUCGUUUCAGGCGUUGCCAUGACGACGGAUGGCGUUACGUGAUUGAGAUAUCCCAGGCUCUCCGGGCCUACACUUUACACCACAUUUCAGGAGGACUCGCUCUAUUUAUGUGGCGCCUCGUCCAAGCCCUCGACACGUAUUUUACACAACUUUCUAACGAAUGGAACUAAUCACAUCAAAUGUAUAGUAUUAAACCUCAUGUUUACUUUUUAAAAUGAUUUAGACCUCUUUUCAGAUUUUAUUUCAAUUUAAUUAAAGCGACAUACUCAAAGAACACGAGCCAUCUUUCCUUCAAUGCCCCAAAGUCCUGACGAAGGCCAUGUUGGUGUGGAGAAGCAACCGUUCUGCUCCCCGACGGAGGCCUCUAUAGACCAAAAAACCCCCCCUGCAUGUUAUCAUGCUCUCUAGUGGCCUCGGUAUCGCCCCCUGCUGCCCACGUAUUCACAUUGAUUUCUGUAUUUCCAUUGGUGACUGUAAUUAACAGGCGAUGCAAUGAUUUUUUUUAUUUUACGGAAGCAUGUCAGGAAUAUUAUUGGUGAUCUAUACAUCUAUUAUAGUGUUCAUUCAUGCUUGGAAAUAUUUAUGUUGUUGUUAAAACUGUACAGAAAUUCAUACUUUUUAUUAUCAACUAUUGCGCUUCUCUUUUUGUCGCUGGGAGACGGCCAUAACGAGUGUCAGCUCUGCACCCAGUGCCGCGGCCUCUCCCACGUUAUCUGAUCUGCACCUGAUUAGAAGGCACUUUAAUUGUCUAAACGAUUCUUUUUCUUCACCUCCCAAUCACCGUGACACUGUCCUUUUCUAUGGAGAUAAACCUUUCUACACCUUUCAGGCUGUUGUUGUAUAAAAAAAAAAGACAGUGAAUGUAGCGUUCAGCCUUAUUGCUAUGCCGACUGUCAUUUUACCUUUUGUGGGUCACCGAAUCACCCCAAUAUUAUUAUUUUAUUAUUUGUCACUGUUCUGAUGAGCUUGUUGCAUGCCUAUACUGUAGUGCCUGAACUUGUCUCUUGUGAUUCCUCCUUGAUUUCACUGCAAAAUAGAAUGUGAAAGGAAACUGAUAGCGUAGAAUUAUCUGUUAUGCCAGUCUCCGCUCAAACUGUGUAACGUUUCACUGGUGGAAAUGAUGCAAAUGAACGAAACCAUAAAACGGGCAAAAAAAACCAUAAAA